CUCCGAGAGGCUUCAUCUUCGUGUAUGACGCCACCAGCAGGGCCUCCUUCGACCACGUCGAGCAGUGGCUGGGGCAAGUCCAGCAACACCACGAGUGCGGCCCCACCACCAUCAAGAUCUUGAUCGGCAACAAGAUUGACAUGACCAACGAGCUGCAGGUCACCGAGGAAGAGGGCAGGGCGAAGGCUGAGUCGAUGGGAGCGUUCUUCAUUGGCACCUCAGCGAAGACUGCGGCGAACGUUGACAUGGCAUUCCUCACUGCCGCCCAGAACCUUGUAGAGACCAGGCGAAAGCAGAAGCAACAGCCCAAGCAGAGCGUCCCUCUCAGCGGGGGGCCGCCCCCACGGCUGGGGGCGCCGGGGCCCUCGGAUAGGGGAAAGUGCGCUUGCGGUGGCGGUCGCUGAGGGAGCUUAUCAGCGGUAGGCACUGGGGUCUCCAUACAGCUGCUCCUGCCACGCCCCCUCCGCGCUCGUUUGUCAUGCUCCUCCUCGCUGUGCUGCCCGUGCUGAUUGUUUGCGAUGCAUGAGCUUCCUGUGUUUGUUUCCCCACGUUCUCUCUCUCUUUCUCUCUCUCUCUCUCUCUCUCGUUUUUCUCUCUCUCUCUC